AUGACCGAGGAGUCGUCAUGCAGACAAAACAAUACGGGGCCAUGGACCUUCGGGCCACUUGAAACAUUAACCGUCAAUGAACUUGGAGACAUCUUUCCCUGGCAGUACCAUGUACAUCCCGAGGGACAACCGUAUUAUAGCCUGCUGCAAGGUUGCCAUCGGUUUUCCUAUCUGACGGAAGCAAACAUUGCUGAAGCAGAGCAACGGGAAAAACUCGAGUACUUCAUAGUUGUAAUGGAAAAGAAAGCGGAUGCACUUGCCUGCAAGUUACCAGUCCCUCCUGAUGCUCGUGUUGUACUGGAAAUUAGUGACAGCGGCGAAUGCUCCUACUACAUGGUUGAUAUCAAUCGGCGCCUUAUUUUCUGGUUGGAAGAUCACGAAUUUCCGAACUCUGGAGCUUCUUACUUCGGUGUUGGUUCGAAGAAUCAUUUCUACCAUGCCCUCACACUCGAGUUCUGGCUGCAUGUUGAAUACUUCCCGAUGAGCUAUGACAGACCCAUAGGGAAUGUCAUGAAAGAGCUUCUUGGGACUCUGAACUACUUCAACAUAGAAUUUAAUACAGCUUUGGGAACUUCCGAGUCUUCAAACUCUGUAAUUGUUUCAGUUGCAAAUGAACGAUUCUUCAACUUCUACGGUUUCCACGGAGCUCGACUCACUGUGACCCAGAGUGUCCGCGGUAAACUGCCGGACCAGCGUUCUCGUUCCUUACUCCUGAAGUGUCUGUCUCCAGUUCUAUUUUAUGCGCCUGAGAACUAUAUGUGGAGGCUUGAGAGGAUCUGGGUCGACAGCAUUUUGCGAGAGCGAUCUUGGCAGGCAUUUCAUGACAAGCUUCAAUCAGACUUGAGUGGUAUCUUGGUUCUUACAACUAUAUUGCUUGCUGCGAAUGCCGGACUGAUGGUUGUUCCUAGCGUGCUUGCUAGUGAUGGCUCAAUCAUUAUUUGGUCAUCACCAGCAGCAGCUACGUCCCAAGUUUCCGCCGUUGCAAGUCUCGCCGGAAUUGUUAUCGGUCUUCAGCUCAAGGUGCAAGAAAUUCGAAUUAAUGCGACGAGUCUUAGUCGGACAAUGUCGCAUGCUAUUGCGUAUCUCACUCGGGGCAAACAUGAACAGCUCAAUGUCGAAACCCUCGCUAUCCAGUUCAGCCUACCGUACGCGAUGCUGAUGUGGGGUGUCAUAACCUUCGCCGGAUCCCUUGCCAUCAUGUGUUUUGACAACAUUGACGGAACGCCCAGCCUCGUAGCACGUAUUCUUUUCGGAGCCUUCUGGGUCUUCGUCUUCACGUUGGUACUAUGGAGUACUCUCAUAGGUUGGGAGUUCACAACGUACUCCCACUGGACUGAUUUGUUUUCGCUCCCAAAGUGGAGACCGAGAACGGGAGGAAAACAGCGGGAAAAGGCUGUGAGUGAAAAUGGGAAGGUGGAUGAAACCGAGCGUACUGGUAAACAGGAUGAGUUGUCGACGGCUGAAAAAGCGGCUCCGUAUAUGAAUGUGUAA